AUGGUGCAGGUGCAGCGUCCUUACCCGUAUCUCGUUCCUCCGGACCUCCAGGUCGCAGAUGCUGUGUCCGUGGUGGCUGCCCAUGUAGUAGCAGUAGCGGCAAACGGCCACCUGGUCUGUCUCGCAGUGCAGCAGCCGCAAGUGGCUGCCGCUGACCGAGGCGGCCUGCAGGUGCGCGGCGACGUGCGCCUGGCAGCAGCCGGUGUCGCAGCGCAGGCACACCUUCUGCGCCGGCGAGUUGCGGCAGUAGCGGCAGCAGAGCGGGUUGUAGGCCGGGUUGGCGGCCGACGAGGCCGCGUUGUUGUUGGCCGCGGCCGCCGAGCCAGCGACGGCAGCGGCGGCGGAGGAGGCGGCGGCCGCGGCCACGGCGGCGGCGUCGGCCGUGAACGAGUUGAACUUCUCCACGAUGUUGCUGAGUUUGAGGUUCUUCUCCAGGGCCGGCUUCUGCGGGCCUCGCCGAUGCAAGCCCGGCAGAAGUUGUGCUUGCACGGCAGCUGCACCGGCUCCACGAAGACCUGCAGGCAGAUCGGGCACAGAAGUUCCUCCUCGAAGCAGCUCUUCCAGUUUUCAGCCAUCUUGGGGGAAGAAAUUCGUUAUUUUUCCCCGAAAAGCCAAAACCGAACCCCCUCCCCCUCGACCGACCGUCCCACCUCAACAGCGGCGCUCAGCUUCCUCUGUAAGUGUGCCUCAGCUCCUGGAAUGCCGGCUUGCCACCAUGGGAGUCAGGGGAAGACCCCAGUCAGUUUGGAUUGGCAACAACAUCUCCUCCACGAUGCACUUCUAGGCUGUGUGCUUAUCCCUCUGCUCUACUCAGUUUACACCUAUGAUUGUAUGGCUGAGCACAGCUCUGAUAUCAUGUUCAGGUUUGCUGGUGACACCACUGUCGUAGGCCCGAUCAAAGCUGGUUAUAAAUCAGCAUAUAGGAGGGAGAUUGAAAUUCUGACUGAGUGGUGCCACAACAACAACCUCUUACUCGAUGUCAGCAAGACCAAGCAGCUGAUUAUAGACUCCAAAAAGAGGAAACAUGAGCCAGUCCUUAUUAAAGGAUCAGAGGCAGAGAGGGUUAUUAUUUCAGAGGACCUGUACUGGACGUAAGUGCAAUUACAAAGAAAACACAGUAGUGCCUCUACUUCCUUAGGAGUUGCAGAGAUUAAGAAUGACGUCUAAAACUUUGACAAACUUCUAUAGAUGUGUAAUGGAGAGUACGAGGGGUGAUUGAUAAGUUCGUGGCCUAUGGUAGA